GAUGGAUACUAAUAAUGACGGAGGAUGUACGACAUAUAGACCUAAUCCUACUAUAAAUUGCUCUUCCCAAGAUAUAAUUGUAAGGAAAAACGCAGUUGACCAAAAUUUAUCGGAGCAAUUGUCAAAUUUACCGGAAGGUGCAUGCUUUGUGUCUAUAUCACCGUUGACGAGUUGUUUAAGUGAUAAAGCUAAAAGUGAUCCAGAAACCAUUUCGGUUGAAAAUGUCGUGCUACCGUGCGAAAUGGAAAGAGAACCAACAAGAUUUCACGAAGCGGAGAGAGUUUUAUGUGCGGAAUAUGAAAAUGGAAUGAAGUAUCUUGUUAAGUGGAAAGGUAUAGAGGAACCAGAUUAUGUGGAUGGGCGGGAAGCAAGAUUACGAUUUCCUCAUCUUGUUAUAGACUUCUAUGAAGGUGUUGAAUCUAGUAAUUUUACAAGUAUGAUUGACAAUAUGACCGUUUAA